AUGAAGGUCAAGAACAAAUCGGUCUGUCAAACAUGUAGAGCUAGGAAGUUAGGGUGUGACGGCAAUCGUCCAGAAUGUACCCACUUCGUCGACAUCCACAUCUACAACAAAGCAGAGAAAAAAAUUGUACGAAACUACGUGCCACAAGAUACGGUAACAGCCAUAAGCAACGAAUGGAUCUGCACAAAACAGCCCCGAAUAUGUGGUGCAUGGGUUGAAGUGCUCCCCAAUCUUCGCAACGGCGGUGGUACUCCCGAUCUAGUUCUAAGUGCCGCAAUCGAAGCAUUAGCAACAUCUAUUACGACACAAAAGCUACAUCCGAACAGCGAUAAUGUGGAAAGUUUUCAGAGCUACGAACUGGCGCUUCGCUCUCUACGGAAGAGCGUUGUUGUGGAUGGCCGUUUUGAUGCCGAGCUGCUGGCGUCGAUUAUGUGUUUGAGUUUGGUGGAGCUCAUGAUGCCGAGUACAUCUGCUGCAUUGGAAGCACAUUUGAAGGCUGCCGGCCAGUUGUUCCAAGCAUAUGGCCCGGAGGCAUGCAGUGGCGGCAUACUUCAUACGCUAUUUGCCGGGUUUCGACCACUUCUAAUAUUUGAAGCCUUUCAAUUACGCCAACCCACAUUCCUAGCCUCUACUUCAUGGACUGAUGUACCCUUUUCCAAAUUCAGUGCAUCGCCGAUGCAAAGUCUUCUCAACAAAGCUGCCAUCAUCCCAUCUCUGAUGAGUCAAAGCGAUUUAUUAUUAGAUAAAGUACACCAAGCCAAUUUUGGGUUCGAACUCAAAGACCUAUUUAACCGCUUCGCUGAUGCCCUCAUCGACCUUGAGCGAUGGGAAAUGGACUAUUGCCAGGAGGCAGAUAGAUGGUGCUACUGGCCUUCCAACAUUGCCGUUUCACCAGCCACAGAACACUAUAUCUCGUACGGAAAACCCCUAUGGUACACAAACGUGACCAUGGCAAACGUUUACACUAAUCUCUGGGCGAUCCGCAUCAUCUGUUUCUCCGAACUUGAGCGUCUCGCUGCGCACCUCCCUUCCUGUCAAGUGACUCAAGACAUACCACUGUUGAGGCCCCUAAAGCUCAAACACAUCCACACAUACAAGACCGCACUCGCGAAGCAAAUCUGUCUCAGUAUGGAGUAUUUACUGCGCGAUGAAAUGGGCCUGUUUGGACCUGCGUCGACGUAUUUCCCGCUUCAAGUGGCGUAUGAAACGUUUCUAGAGGAUGAAGGUACUAUGCGAAAGGAAGGAGUUGCGUUUGUGCAGAGUGUUGUGUUGAGGUUGGUACAGAAGGGGUUGAGGUCGGCGCCUGUUUUGGUUUUUACGAGAAGGACUCUGAGGGUGUAG